AUGGCCGAGGCAACCCCAACUCCGGCUAAGUCUUCAUUCCACCCAGCCUUCGCGGUCUCGAAUAUCAAGAAUCACAUCUCUGUUACUCUUGAGAUGGAGAACUCCCAAUACGAAACAUGGGCCGAGCUUUUCAAGAUUCAUGCUCGUUCUCACAAGGUCCUUCAUCAUAUCAUUCCUCCACCCAAAGGUAAGGAGAAGCCGGCUCCCAAAACUGAUGAGGAAGUCGAAUUAUGGGCGACCAUUGACGCCACUGUGCUUCAAUGGAUAUAUUCGACAAUUUUGAAUGAUCUGUUAAACACCAUCAUCGAACCAGACGCUACUGCCAUGGAUGCUUGGGUUCGCUUGCGUGAUAUAUUCCAAGAUCAUCAAACCUCUUGUGCGGUGACUCUCGAACAAGAAUUCACGACGACUCGUACGGAGGAUUUUCCAAUGCCUCCGCCUAUUGCCAACGUCUCAAGAGCCUUGUGGAUCAACUGA